UUCGGCGCCGACUUUCACUUUCCACCUCCCUUCUUUUUCCUUUCCUUCUGAGCCGACAACAUGGCCUCCAACUCUGAGCUUGCUUGCGUUUACGCAUCCCUGAUCCUCCACGACGAUGGAGUAGAAGUAACUGGAGAGAAAAUCUCUUCUCUCAUCUCAGCCGCCAAAGUAGACAUCGAGCCUUUCUGGGCUGGUCUGUUCGCCAAGGCUUUGGAGGGCCGCAACAUCGGAGACCUCGUCUCCAACAUCGGCUCUGCCUCCGCAGCACCCGCAGCCGCAGCAUCUACCGCAGCUGCCCCAGCAGCCGCCGAGGAGAAGAAGGCGGAGAAGGCGCCAGAGUCUGACCCGGAGUCUGAUGACGACAUGGGAUUCGGCCUGUUCGACUAAUUUCUAUUCUUGCUGAAAGUCCUGAUGAUUGCUGGAAAUAAAUCAACUCUUUCAACCAA